AUGCUUCUGUGUUGUCUCUGUGUAUCCACAAUGUUCUUGUCAUGGUUAUUUGUCAGUGUCAUGAGUGUAUUUCACUCUUGUUCGGGGGAGCAUGGUCUACUGCGUGCAUACUCUCCCGGGGACAUCAUCAUUGGAGGACUUUUCCCUAUUCACUUAAAAACCAACAGAACCACAGCAAACGGACCAAUCUCCUGUAGCGUCUAUGAUUUCCAGAUGUUCUUACGCACUCAAGUUAUGAUAUACGCCAUCAGAGAAAUAAACCAGCACACAGUGAGGAUUCUACCCAACUUCACCAUAGGAUACGACAUCUAUGACACUUGUGCAGAUGUUGGCCUGGCCCUCAGAGCAACACUUCAGCUGCUGAAGAACCAGUCGGACCCUCAGAGAUGUUUACUACCUGCAAACAUUAAUUCUGCUUUACCUGACCCCCAAACAAAGGUGGUGAUUGGUGAGAGGUAUUCUGAAGUAUCGAUAGCUGUAGCACGAGUUCUUGCUCUGUCAUCAGUUGCCCAGAUUAGCUAUGGAUCAACGAGCGAGGUGCUCAGCCAGAAGUUGAAGUUCCCCACUUUUCUGCGAACAAUAUCCAGCGAUGAAUAUCAGACAAAGGCCAUUGCUGAACUGGUGAAUCGGUUUAACUGGAAAACAGUAGCCAUUGUAGGAAGUGAUGAUGAAUACGGGAAGUACGGCAGUGACCGCCUUGGGGAAACAUUCAGAAGAAUGGACAUCUGCAUUGAAUUUACUGACAUUCUGCCUAGCUACUUUUUCCAGAAUGAUUCCAAAUCGCACACACGGCUGGCUACUCUGGUGGGCAAAAUCAGUAAAUCCACUGCUGAGGCCAUCAUCAUGUUCACCAAGGACAGCAAUGUUGACAUCAUCAUGGAAGCAGCUAUUAAAUUCAAACUCAACAGAACUUGGAUUGCAAGUGACGCGUGGUCCACCUCUCCAAAGGUCUCCGCACUGCCAGGCAUUGAGUUGGCCGGGCAGGUUUUCGGAUUCAUCUCUAGGAGGAAUGAGGUGCCCGGUUUUAAAGACUACAUCAUCUCAAUGUUCAACAGCACCAUCAAUGACAUUCUUGAGGAUUACCUGGUUCAAUUUCCACUUUGUUCCAAUUGGUCAGAGGAGAGCAGAGAAAAUGACUGCACAGUACCAGACAACCAAGAGCAGUCCAAGCACUGUCUGCACCCGAGGUGCUUGGCCAACUACAUUGACCAUGAUGAAUCAUACAACAUAUACUUAGCCAUUCAAGUCAUUGUUGAGGGUCUCAGACGUUUGCUGAAGUGUGACAACCAACAUUGUAAACGUAACACCAGAUUUACAGCCUCGGAGCUUCUCAAGGAAAUCCAGAAAGUCAACUUUACUGUGAACUCCACACAUAUAUUCUUUGACACCAACGGAGACCCCAGUAUAGGAUAUGAUAUUGUAUAUUGGCACAUGGACAUAUCCACACAGCGCACACACAUAAAAACCAUUGGAGAAUACUGGCCAAAUGAAAGAAUAAAAUUCGCAGAUGAUCUUGUUCAAUAUGUGGCCAAUACGAAUGUAACUGUUUACAACUGCUCUAAAACGUGUAGCCCUGGGCAAGAGCUGAAACAGCAAAGUAAACAGUGCUGCAAGGACUGUGUUCCAUGUGCAGACGGAGAGUUUUCCCGAGGAAAUGGUGAGGAGUGUCAGAGCUGUGGUCUAGAGAAGUAUUCCACUCAGCAGAGGGAUGAGUGUUUGAACAAAACUGUUGAAUUCCUGUACUGGACAGAUCCCUUCAUUAUCAUUUUGAGUUUGUUAGAAGUAUUCGGGAUUAUUGUGACCAUUGUGUUUACAAUCCUGUUUACAGUCUAUCGUAGAACUCCCAUCGUGAAGGCAGUCGGAGGCUAUUUGUGCUUCUUGGAGCUUUUUUCCCUGCUCGCCUGCUUCAGCCUUACAUUUACCUUCACAGGAAGGCCCACUAAGGUCUCCUGCAUGGUGGGCCUGCCCUUCUUCGGCAUUGCUUUUUCCCUCUGCAUCUCCUGCAUUCUGGCAAACCUGCUCCAAAUCUUAGUGGGCUUCAGCUUUGAAUUGAAUAAAGGAUCCUGGCUGAAGAAGCUCAAUCAACCGUUGGCUGUGGUGACCAUCGUGUCUGGGAUCCAGCUUGCCCUGUGUGUGCCAUGGCUGUACUAUAAACCCCCAUUUCUAGACCAAGAGAUAUUGAGCUUGACCAUUCUGCUGCAGUGUGAUAAAGGCUCCACUAAGUUCUUCAUAGCCAUGUUGGGCUAUAACGCUUUCUUGGCCCUUAUUUGUUUCAUGUUUGCGUUCAAAGGUAAACAGCUGCCAGAUUUGUAUAAAAAUGCGAAUUUAAUCACCAUCAGUAUGCUGCUGUUUUUAAUCAUUUGGAUCCUCUUCAUCCCCAUUUAUCUCAAUUUGGUGGGGAAGUACAAACGAGCUAUAGAAAGUGCAGCCAUACUCAUCUCUAGUUACAGCAUCCUGGGCUGUCACUUGGCCCCUAAAUGUUACAUUAUGCUGUUCAGGAAAGAGAUUAAUAAUGAGAACGCCAUCACUGAAUACAUCAGGAAGCAUUAUGAGCAGAGAGACAUGGUUGUGGUCAAAUCCUGAUCUCACACACACAUGCAAAAAAAUCUUCGCAGGUGCUGGGUAACUAUUAUCUGCAGAGAAAUAUUUUCUUUCCGUGGUUGAAAUCAUAGCCAGUGUCUCUCUCUCUGACUACUUUAACAUGUGUUUGUGCCCAGGAGAAGCUGGGUUAGACCUGGGCAGCAACCGUCCUUGUUCGGUUCACACUUUUGAAUAAUUAGAGUAUCACUACACUCGAUGUACUUCAUGUAUUUAUGCUUUAUAUAUCCUGAAGUCUUUGUUGUAGGUUUUUCACUACUUCUUCACUGCUGUUACUACCACUGCUGCUAAAUGAAAAAAAAAAAAGAUUAAAAAUAAACUGUAGUGUGUUUGCAAGGUAAAUAUGCUGUAGGUGUUUUGGGAAGUAAUGUGGUUGGCUUGAACUUUUUACCCACCUAAAUCAUUUAUAUUGUUUUUGUGUAUAUAUUUUUUAGAUAGUUUUUAACAUUGUUUUAACGAUGUUACCAAGACAUAGUUUAAACAUAUAAACAUGAUAAUCAGCUGUAUCUUCACGUAUCAUUUGAAAAAAUCAAUUGUUUGGUUAGGUUGGGCUUGUGGCUUCUGCCACGGUGGAUUUCACUACUUAUAUUUAGUAUUGUGAUUUUUUUUUUUUUAAAUUAGGCUUAGGUCAUGUUUUUGUCAAUAAAGACAUCUUUUUGGAGAAAUGUUCCAUGACUGGCUGUAUACUGUGAAUAAGUUUAACUUUAACUCUCUUUGUUCACUGUAUGGACAAUGCGCACACAAAUAAAAUGUAUUUAUUGUAGAAUAGUCCAGGCGACCUCUGUGUGAUCUCAUGCAGAGCUGUGAGCUGUGAUUACUAAGAUGUAUCCUUAGAAUGGAUUCUUGUGUGUUUUGACAUAAUAAAUCUCAAUAACAAAAUACCAGUUUGACUUAUAGGUUGUCAUUUGUAAUAAUACAGUCAAAGAACAAACAAUUGCUGACUGAAUUAACUCAAACUAUAUAACAAGUAGUGGAAAGAAAUAUGAAGUCAUACAAAGUUGUGCAUUAAAAUACAAAACAAGAGUCAAUAAUUUCAUCGGUAAUAUUACAUUCAUAUCGGUAGUAUUAGCACAGUGGAAAGGAACUUUACAGUAGUACAGUUCCUCUCCACUGUGCUAAUACUACCAAUAUGGAUGUAAUAUUACCGAUUAUAGAUAAUCAAUACAAUAAGUACAUCAUAUUUUCACUAUAGGAUAACCAACUCCCCUUUAAAAAUAGUCAAUAUUACCCAAAUCCCAAACACACAAAAUAUAUGCCCUUUAUCCUUAUGGUGAAUAGGCGACAGAUUUCAUUGAAACUUGGUUGCGAAAUUGUUCUGACAACUUUUCUGUAGAUGAAGAGACUCUCUGGAACAAAGCUGAGAGGUUAUCUUUAAGAUUAGACAUGCUUUACAAUCCAGUUAUUACUUUGUGUAAUAUCUAUAAAGAUAGUAUAGCUUAUUAUAUUCCAGGAACAUACAAGCAUUUUUAAAACCUUUUUUGUCUUGAUUCUACAAGGACAUGCAAAAUCAAUUGCCUCGUGUGUGUCUGAAGCACAGUUGUGAGUGGGAGGUAGAUGACAGUGAAAAGCAGGAACAUUCAUUAAUGUCACAGCUGUAGUUCUUGGAGUCUUCUCAACGGUGGAUAUGCAAAGUUGAGAAUGUCAUUCCCUGCUGUCACCACUAGAUGGAGCUCUUGAAACAUCCUGUAAAUCAUCCAUAGCUCCGGUGUAAGCGCUGCAGUGAUUGUUAAUAUGCAUAUGGCCCAUUUGUACAAAACACACAACAUUCAUAUUUCGGCUCUGCACCUAAAGUUUUAUUUAUUAAAAAAAUACAAAACUUCAAAAAGUUUCCAUAGGAAAGCAUUAUGAAUUAGCAAUCCCAUCUCUUUCGAGUCAAUUUCAAAUGGUAUGGUUAUACACUGCUUCUAAUUAAUACCAUGAACAGAUUUCUUGCCUUAUACAAGUUUAAAAAAAAAAAAAAAAAAAAAAAAAAAAAAAAAAAAAAAACAUAGAAAGACAACAAGAUAAGGAGGAGAAGAGAAGGGGUGCAGUCUGCUUUUUGAGUCCCUGUGUUCUAAGUGUUAAUCUUGAAGAUUUGUUUUUGGUGGCACCUGCAGUGUCUGGUGACAUGGACAAAUGUGAAGAUUAUAUGGCUGGUAGCUGAAAUGUCUGUUUAGUAAAUGCAUGGACAUUGCUUUCAAAAAAGUUGUUUCAACUGCUGCAGCCAUAUCGGCACAGUCACACUUUAUAGUGUUUUGGCAUACAGAGUAAUGCUUAUGGUAUUUCCUUUGAGUAUACAUAUUCAAAUUUUGCAUGGGAAAAAGUAGCUCUGGCCAUAAGCAGCAGAGAAGCAUUUACAGAACAUAACACACCGAAUAGCUAUCAUAUGGAAAAAAAAAAAGCAAAAAAAACCAAAAGAAUAAAUAUAGCAUUUCUUGAUAUGUUAACAUCUUUAGGAUUAACACUUGAGGGGUUCUGUACAGAAGUGGAGAUCAUGGAAAAGAUAAAUAUUAACAUAGCAGCCUUUUUUGAGGAAUUAAAUCACCCCUCCAACCACCUCUUUGCAAGUUACUAGCUAGGGAUGUGACUUCAGCUGUUAACAGGGCUUUGAAGGGUCAGCAGUUAAAUCACCAACCCCCCUUACAUUUUACAUGUCAAACAGCACUGGUUACUGCCUAAGCCGUAAGCAAUCUGCUACUAUUCUUUUUUUAUAUUAUUAAAUUAAUAGCAUGAGUAACCCUUCACCUCCCAGACUACUGCUACAGUUUCAAGUGUUGUGAGUCAUGUGGUGAAGGGAAACCGUCAGCAAAGUAGUUUUGCAAUUUAUUGUGAAAAGCAACUGUUCAUUUCCCCUACACUAUUCCAAUUCAGCAAAUAGGUUCUUCAUGAACUACAGUACUCCAGUUCUUGCAAUCAUUGCCCCAGGGUAGGGCAAGAAGACUGCACAAACAAAUUCAAGUACAGAGUUGCCCUGUAACACUCUGCCCAGAACCCAUAGAGACACUCAGAGUGUGAUUCAGCCUCAUUUCAUUGUGGGUUGAUCCCAGCUUCCAUACAGAACAGAAAUUGUGCAACAACAUGUCCCUCUCAUUCCCCUGUCAAGUAACUGGCCUGGGAAAAUUCACAUACAUUUGAGGAGAAGGGGAAGGAAAAAAAAAAAAAAAAAAAAUUAAAGAGAAA